AUGGCCGCAAACGAACUGCUCCUGUGUCUGGUGCUGGCCACACUUUGUCAAAGCUGGCCAGGAUCUGAAAUUGCAGCUGCAAUUGGAGGCAGACGACAAGAUUUUCUCUAUAAUUUUGUGGCAAGGCUGCACGAGGAGCGGCCAAUUCUGUUGCUGUUGCUGCUUCAGCGUCGCCGGGACAACGGCUUUGGCGCUUUGCAACACUGGCAAGCAGAUGAUUGGCCAGUGUUGCGUUACGACGAACACGAGGAGAUCAUUGUGAGAAAUUCAACUCGAGAGGCCUUGGCACUCGUUUGCAUUAGAGAAUUAAGUGAUUCGGUCUUGCUGACCGCACUGGCCGCCAAUUUUGACGGCAUGCGAGAGGGCCGAAUUGUAGUUUGGCUGCAGCUGGAGGCUGCACAGGCGGCACAGGAAUUUCUCGAUAUAAUUGCCCAGCAGGCAAUAGAUCAUCAUUUCUUUAAUAUAUUAAUACUGCGAGGCACUAGUGAAUUUUCUGUGCUACGCAUGCGACCAUUUCCGAUGCCCAGCUACGAGCCGCUGCCGCUUAACAGCACUGAACGCAUCUUUAGCCAACACUGGCGCAAUUUUCAGGGCAAAACGGCCGUGAUGUUAUCCUCACUGGUGCCGCCCAAUAGCUUCAUAAGCCGCGAUCUGAAAACGGGCCGAGAGUACAUCAAUGGCUUCUGCCACAAUCUGCUGCACAGCUUUGCCAAACAUCACAACAUCAAACUGAAAGCGUUCAUUCAUCCUUUGAAUAAAUCAUCGCCCAUGUUUUAUACGCCACAGAUCAUGUACCUGAUAGGUAUUGGACAGGUGGAUAUCGUGGCCAAUUUGCAGCCGUAUGCUCAGAGCCUCAAAUACGCCGGAACACAAAAUACCGCCAGCCUGGGCAUGGUCAGCAUGUUUUUGGUCGUGCCCUGCGGCCGAGAGUUGAGCAUUGAACGGAUCUACAGGCUUCUGUUUCCGAUUAACUGGUUAACUUUGCUGCUGAGCAUCUACUUGAGCUUUGCGGUGCUCGAGACGCUGGCCACAAGCUUCAAUUAUCGCCUGCUGGAACGUCAUUUGUAUAUUAGAUAUUCCAAGCUCUGGUUGAAUUUGACUGUGCUGCGUUUUUUUCUGAGCCAAGCGGCGCCGAUUAGCCACUGGACCAGCUCCUCGCUGCGCCAGCUGCUUUUGCAGCUGAGCUUCUUCGGCUUGGUAAUCUACACCAGUUUCAAUGCCCGGUUGAGCACCAUGUUGACCAAACGACCGCACGACACGCACAUUCAGAGCUAUGCGGCGCUGAAUGCCAGCCGUUUGCCAGUGGUCUUCGAUUGGAACACACGUGUGCUCAUCGAAGCGGAAUAUGAUGCGUUGUUCUUCAGGCGACAUGUGCCCAAUGCUGUCUUCAUGGUCUCCAAGGAUCAAGCUGAAUUGAUACUUUCCCUUAAUACGAGCUAUGCCUAUCAAACCUAUUCUUAUCUCUGGAAUGCCUUGGACAUUUAUCAAAAAACUUAUAAGCGACAGAUUCUGUGCAAGUCGAAUGCUAUGCACAUUGCCAGAGAGUUUUCUGUGAAUACAGUCCUGCAAAGGAAUUCUAUCUAUGCUGAAGCUCUAGAUGACUUCAUUUUGGAUGUUCAGAGCUCGGGUGUCGAGAAAUGGCUGAAAACGCGGGCCUAUUAUGAUAUGCUUAGGGUCAAGGCACCAUCGAUGGUUAAUACAACGACUAUUGGCCAGGUUAGGGCUCCUCUUCAUUGCGACGACCUGAAUUUGUUAUGGCAAUUGCUUCUUACGGGACAUGUUAUUGCGGCUGUGGUCUUUAUUGCUGAAUUAAGUGCGGGACAUUGGCAAAGGCAAUUGAGAAACAGGAACAACAGAGGGGCAGAGGUGGAGCCAUCUGAUUAA